AUGAAUAACACUGGACCAAGGAUUAACUUUUCUAACAGUUCUCAAUAUAUUGGUCGUACUGUUUGUUUAGUAGGACGCGUUUCUAAAAAAGCCAACAAUUCAGUUACAAUCGAAACUAGUGAUGGUGGUGAAAUUCAAGUUAUAACGCUUAAGGGUAAUAAUUAUAAUAGCAAAUAUGUUGAAAUUACUGGAGUAUUGAACAGUGAACAAGUUUUACAAGAAACAACUUUCCGUGAAUUUAAUUUAAAGAAUUAUGAUGAUAUGGCAAAUAAACAACAUCAACUUUUAUCAGAUUCUUCAAGAGGUGAGGAUGAGAAACCUGUCACAAAGAAACAAAUAAAUCAUCUAGUCAAAAU